AUGAUACAAGCUAGACCUAUUACACGCGAUCUAUUUAUACGUUAUGCAAGGUGCUAUAAGCAUGAGUUUCUCAAGGAUUUCUUUCUUUCUACUGGUCAACUUCAUGAUGUUGCCUACUUGUUGUGGAAAGAAUCAUGGGAAUUAGCAAAGAAUCCAAUGGCAACUAGAGGAUCUCCACUUCAUACUCCACGUAUAAAACUCAUUGAAAAAGCUCAAAAUCUUUUUGCUGAAACUAAGGAACAUGUUUUUGAGUCAAAAGCUGCUGAAGAACAUGCUAGAUUAUUACGAUUAGUUGGUUACAGAUGCCUAUCAGACUGUUUCUUCUUGAGGUCUAUCUUACUUCCACCUUCUCAUCUUAAUUAUAAGAUACAGGGGAAAGCUUUAAAACUCAGGCAUUUAUGGCGGUGGAGGUCUUGUUGA